CAGUGAGAGACACGGCAGUUAGCUAGUCGGAGAGCGAUGGAGGCAGGAGGAAGGGCGCCGUGGAUGAAAUAUGGGCCUGUUGUGUCCUUAUUUGUGGUUCUCUUGGCCCUGUGGUUCCGGGCACCCCAGAAUACAGUACUGGAUGACCGGCUGGACACAGUUUUGUCCUCUCUGCUGCGGGCGGAAAGCAAAGUGGGCAUAGAUGAUAUCGCCAGACCGAAAGUGGCUAUUGGUUUUGGAGGUUGUGUAGAUUUGAUCGUGGAUGGUGUGUCACUGUUGAAAAAGAUUGGCCUCACUCCAGCUGACCAGCCCCUUCAUCAUGACUACAUUGAAAACAUGAACCAGCUGGCCCAGAGCUUUGCUUACUUCUUUGCACCAGGAGCUGCUGCAGAGCGUUUUAUGCUAAAUGACACCCUCUUUAGCGAACUGGUUGAAGCCUCCCGGGACUUACCUGGAAACAGAUGGGCAGUAGGAGGAAAUGCUCCAGUAAUGGCUGGUCGCAUGGCAAAAGAAGGAUGUGAUGUGUUGUUAGGGGGGAGCUUCAGUUCUGACUUCAAUGAUGUCCUUUCCCAACACAUCACAGUGGCGGGGGCUGUAGUUGAAGAACCAGACAUUCAUCUGAUUAUGGAGUAUCCAUCUGGUGCUCAGUGGGGACACUACACCUCACGCAGAGCUAACAGGUAUAUCGUCCACAGUGAUGACCAUAACCCCUACUUGGCCUCCAUGGAGGACUUUGCUGAAAAACUUGAAAGUUUCCAGCCAGAUCUGCUGGUGGUGGGCGGACUGCAGAUGAUGGACAACUUCCCCUUCCAGUCAGGUGAACGUGAUACUCUCCUGUCUCGUCUGGCUGACCUCCUGUCCUCUUCAUCUGCCCCAAUCGGAGUGCAUUUUGAGAUGGCCAGCUUUGUAGAAGAGAGUAUAAUGGAAGACCUGCUUCAUUAUGUCAUCCCCCAUGCUGACUCUUUGGGGAUGAAUGAACAGGAGCUUCCCAACCUUCUCAGUCUCCUUAAAGGCUCCAACAUCACAGUUUUGUCAGACCCAAACCCCCGCGUAGCUACAGUCCUUGAUCAGAUGAGGGAGGUCUAUCGCAUUCUCAACCAGCGCUACAGCGACGCUAAUGCUGCCAGUACAGAAGAUGGCACAAACGAUGCUAAAGCGAAGGGGAAGCCACUGACUCGACUUCAUGUUCACACACUGGCCUUUCAGGCCAUGAUUGUAACGCGAGGGUCUCAGUGGAAGAACACCAUGUCAGCCACCGCCAAAGCCUCUCUCACAGCUAACCGACAUGUCUGUGGAUCUAAUGACAUUGACCCCAGUAAAGCGAGGCUCAUCAUGGACGACUCCUUCUCUGUGAGCCGGCAGGAGGGUAGCCAGCGUAUCCCUCUGAAAGAAACCAGGCCCGUCAGCUGCUGGGAGGAGGAAGACUAUGAGAUCUGCGUGGCACCUGUGCUGGUGUGCACUGAAGUUUUCCAAACUGCAGGAGGUGGGGACAACAUCUCUGCUGCCGGCCUCGUCCUACAGAUCUAAAUACACUUAAUGGUCUAUUUGUGUGUUGCGCUAACAAGAUGUUGGCAAACAAUGUGACUCGAGACUAAGCCGUGAUGCAAAUUGACCAUUGUGGUAAACAAUGAUUGUGAUGGGUAUGGGCUCAUGCUGUCACCCUUAAAGGAUAAAGAGAACUCUUAAUACUUUUAGGAGUCAGAAGAUGGGCAACAUGGGAUUGGCAAUCAGUCAAAUCAUCAGAUUUCAGGUUAAAGAGAUUUUGAAUAAGUGGAUUUAAGAUUUUUAGACUGAAUAUAAUAAAAUGAGUGAAUUCAUUUAUUACUGUAUUUACAUAUCCAAAUAUGUAUAUGCACUGUUUUGGAUGAAGUGCAAAAUGAUUUACAGCCAGUUUUUUCCCUCUGGUUCAGCAGUUCAGUGUUGCCAAGUCAUUGAGCCCAUCGUCUGACUUCAUUUCUGUACUUAAGGCCUUACAACACUUGGCCCUUCAUUCAGGAUGAGACACAGAGGGAUGAGGUUUGGAUGAAGUCAUGCAGACACCGCCUAGGGUAGCACAUGUUUGAAUCAUGUAUCAGACUUUAAAUACAUCACAUGGCUAGUGUGGUGUCAAACGACUGUAGCAUAAAACUUUUUUCAUUUAAAUCUCUAUGCAGUAAACAUGUCCAGUCUAGCUGUGCCACCACUGAAAUUUCUUUAUCCUUUGCCCAGUCUUGGUUGUACCAGUAAAAAGUGCACCUCCUAUGCUUUUUAUCAGUUACCUAAAUGUUUUACUGGACACAGACUGUACUGGAAGGUCAAAUCUGAGGCCCGUAAUGAGUCUGCUCUAUCCUGCUUCCUCCCUCCUCUGUCUCACUCUCAAGGACAAGGAGAUUUUAAGUCCAAGGCUGGUUCUGGGGAUUAAGCGUCACCUCCUAUUCUUCCCAAUAUAUGUGAAAACUUUGCAGACUGGUUUGGAUGCGUUUGCUUCUCUUUAAGGCUGUCAUUCCUCUGUGUGUCAGUUGCAGUGCAUUAAUGCAAAAAUAAUGUUUAAAAAGACCACUCAUGGUAUCUGGGUGUUGACAGUGUCCUCUCUACCUCUGUCCUUGUUUUAUUUUGUUUCCUGCUAAAACAUGUCCGUGUCACAUAUCUACUUUGUUCCUUAUGCUCAUCGUUUGUCUGGUUGUGGACCAAACCAGAGUGGACUGCCUCAGAGAACACUGCUGUAGAGAAGUCGAUGGCAGCCCUUUCUCACAUGACAUGGCUGGAUAUAGUAGAGCACCACUUUAUUUAUAAUUAGACACAUCUGAGAAAGAGUGUGUUAGCAACUUGAAGCUCGAUUUCUAAACCAUGCAGCUACCACAAUACCAGAAUCCAUGGAGUAGUGGACCACACUUAAAAUGAUUUUUCAGCGUUUCAUCAUCAUCUCACAAGAUCAGAAGUCAGAUUUUUUUUUUCCUCCGGCCAAGUAUAAAUUUGCGUAUUUUGACAUGUUUGUUUUACACUAUGCUUUUGUCACUACUGUUAGCUGGUGUCAGGAUUUUAAUCACUUCCAUUCGAAACUGUAUUUAAUGAACUGGCUGGACUUAAACAGGAAUGAUGCCCACUAUGCUGUUUCUCUGACUGUACAAAUCAAACAUUCCUUCAGAGCUAACUUGAGUUGUUCAUGGAUGACUUGUUUCUCUUUGUUUCUACAUUGUUCAUUCAUUUUUAAAAUUUUCCCUGUUGAGUAGCAGAUUUUACUUAAAGUGGAAUAUCCUUUGUUCCAGUGCAGCAGGUGUGAGGUCAAAAGAAGAACUGAAAGAUACAAGAAUCCCUUUAAAUCUUUUCUCUGUGAAAUGAGACUGUACUGAUGGGUUACUAUUUGAUUACCCUGAAGGGAAAUGAGCCUUACACUGUCUAGAUUUUUGGUGUUUUAGCAAAAAAGGGAAUGUUUAAUACAAACUUUUCUAUUACUGUAGGCUUAUGUUCAUGUUUUUUUCCCCUUGAGUCACUUUCUUACACUUUCUUGACUGGAAGCCAAGAGUAACGGGUCAUGUUUUUACUGUGAACUGAAAACAACGCAUGCAUGUAUGCUCAUGUAGAAAACUGCUUGUGUUUGCUGCCAUAUCAUAUACUUAUCUAAGCUUUAGAUAAGUUGUUUCAUCCAUGUUUCAAAGCUCUGUGUGACUGUUUCAUGCAUGUUAUUAAUUCAGUGCAGUGUUGUCUCAGAUAAAAUGCUACACUGAUUGAGCAACCAAA